AUGGCUCCCCUGCAUGACGCGACCUCAUUUGCGGAGACUCCGGCAAUGCUCAUCAGCGGCACCCCGUCCCGCAAGGAGCUCUGCCUCGUGGCGAGUGCUGAAAGUGGACUUGGACUGGAGGGGUGUGAGGCCGCGGUGCGACGCGGCGACGGCCGUGAGAUCUGGCGUUUCGGGCGCCGCAUCCGGGCGGCCAACGGCCUGUGCCUGGCGAAAGGCGCGCCGGGGCUGGCGCCCUGUGGCCCGUGGCAGGAGCAGGAGUGGCAGCUAUUGGGCACCAACCAGCUGAAGCUGUCAGGCUCCGGCGUUUGCUUGAGCGUGAGCACGGAGAAGGAUUUGGAUGUGGCUCUGGGACAAAGCGCCCACAGCUCCAGCGACCCAUGCGACCCCAUGCACACAGCUGACCGGGCAGUGGAUGGGAAUCCUUCCAGCUACUGGGCAAGUGAGGCGCCCGUGGGUGGCCAGGUCGACUGGGAGCUUUCGUUUCCAAGGGCCAGGCUGAAGUCUGCAGACAUCGACUGGGAGUUCCCGCCAUCCGGCUUCAGCCUGCAGGUCACAAAGGAUGGCGACCACUGGCGGGAGGUCUAUUCGGUUGCGAGCAACCCACUGCACUCUAGCAAGUCACAGAUCCCACUGGAAGGGGUGGAGGCAGUGGGUGCCAGGCUUCGGAUGGACGCCGAUCAAGUGGUGGGCAUCCGGAACUUCAGGCUCCGCUCAGGACACUUGCCUACUCUCGAGCCAUGCCAGGAUCGUAUUGCCCGCGGCAAGUGGUUCCUGAUUGGCGUCGUGGAGUUUGACCCUUCCAAAAGACUGCGCAGUGAGGAGGGCGCAUGGAGGCCGAAGAACCGCCUGGGGGCUGACAAGAGUUGGGUGCUGAAUGGCCAACACCCUCCUGUGUCCUUUGCCGCCUCGUCUGACUUGAAGCCGUUGACGCUGUGGCGCCAACAGCACCGGCGCACUGUGGAGGGCUUCCUGUGUGCAGCAGCUUUUGUCCAGGACGGCAAAGUCUACACCAAUUGCACUGAUGCACCAACGCCAAGAGGGGACUCGGGGCGAGAGUGGUGCUACCUGGACCCGGGGCAGUGCGAUGGGAACUGGGGCUACUGCACGCCCGUGGUGGACUACGAUGCGCAGCGCUUGGCCAUUGGGCUGGACUACUUCUGCCAGUGGUGGCUGCGGCCGCACAAAGGCCAAGACAAGCUGCACGAAGAAAUCUUCGCUGCGCUGGAAGAGGGCCUCUUCCCCGAGGGCCAGACCUCCACCGCCGCCGCUCCGGCGUUCCGCAGCAUGGCCGAGCUGGCUGUGCGCUUGUGCCAGAAUGCGACAGAGAAGGCCAAGGCAGACCAGCUCCUGGUGGGCUUCUUCAAGCACUUCAAAGAAGGCUGGGCCUACCUUUUCGUUUGCUUGGCCUCAAAGCACUUGCCAGCCCACCCAGCUGCAGCGUAUGCGCACUCUCGCUUGGUUGAGUUGGUCGGAGGACUGAAGCCUGAAAAACCUGCACCUCAAAGUAAAAAGGCCAAGAAGCGCAAGAAGGCUGGCGCUGACAGGCCGCAUGAGCCGCUGCAAUGCUUGGAGCUGUGCGAUGGCACCAGGUUGUCUAUCCUUGUUUCCCUCCAGGAACACCAGGCAUUCCAGCGAGUGCCAGGGAACCUGAAGCGUCAGUGGCAGCAGGCGUUGCUGUCUCCAUUGUCUCCGCCUGGAGUUCGCAGCAGGUGUGGCACGCUCAUCAACUACAUCUCGCAGGGCACUGGUCCUCCCUCGAGAGUUGUGGCCGCACAGCUGGAGCAGCUGGCGGUGCAUAGCAAGGUGCCGGACGAGGUGGUCUUAGCAGUGGUGUUCCAGCAGUUCUUGGCCAGCUUCAUCAAAGCGCCUGCAGGAGCAACCUUUUCCCUGCGCAACUUCAAAGCGGCAGUUGGCUUGCCUAAAAUGCCGGCAGAACUUGAAGAUGUGGCGUUGCCCAGCAUUCGCACUGACAAGGAGGAGCGCUUGUUUUGGCGUGCGAAGCUCUGGUCCACGGUAGCGCAGCUCGCCCGACGCACCUGGCCAGAGGCGGCAGAGCGGCUGAUCACCGGCGAGGCUGAAGCUUCGGCAGUUGAGGCCUUUUCUGGUGGUGAGGAGGGUCCUGGAUCCAUGGUCAGAUCCUUGGCGUUCCAGGGCUGCCUGGCCGAUGGCACUUUGCUUGUCCUACGACUCCAUCAAUGGUGGAACCAUGUCUUGACAACACCUCCAGCUGUUGCGACUCCAUCCAAGAAGAAGACUGACGCAGGCUGCCAAUGCUUGGUCAAGCUGGAGGACACAGAGGAGUCGCUUCGCCGACGAGCUCUGCAGCUUUGCCAGUUGGUCAUGGAACUGGACGGCCGAAUCUCGGACAGGCAGAAGAAUGCCAUUUGCAGUCUGCCGCUGUCCCUGUCCCUCGUGCUACUCGACGAAAACUUGCCAGGUCGAGAUUCCGCCAGGGAGAUGCUGUCUGAGUUGAUGGAGAUCAUUGAUUCGCUGGUGAACACAGCCAAAGCUAGCAAAUCCAAGAAGAAGAUGGCGGAGCAGUUGGCCAACGUUGCACCGGUAGCUGCUGAAAGCUACGUGGCGGACUCCCCGCCAUUAGUGCGAGAGGCUUCCAAGAUGGCAUGGAGGGAGCUGGGCUACUACGCUGCAGAUGAGACGCUCCGCUCCUUGUGUUCGUCAGUGUGUGGAGCGCCGGAUGCAGAUGCUGAUGCAGAAGCGCCGGAAGAUGAAGAGGAGGACGCGGAUGAGGACGACGAGGACGAGGGUGGCGCUCGCAAGGCGGCCUUUGACAGUGCCAUCGCCGAGAUGAAGGCGAAGAACGAGGCCAAAGCCAGUGCCAAGGCCGAAGAGGAGGAAGAGGAAGAAGAGGAGGAUGUCACUACUUUGGAUCACUCCGGGGUGUUAUCUCAGCUGCUGGGUGACGGUGGCGGAGAGCUGCUGAACUCCUUUGCUGCAUCGAGCCUAGAUGGAGCGACGGGCGAGAAGAAAAAGCUGACAAAGAGGCAGCAGAAGCUGAAGCGACAGCAGGACGAGUUUAUCCGGCGUCUCCGUGAGGCGGACCUCGUCGAGUCCUUCCUCAUUCGCUCCGGCUCCAAGCGAGAGAUUAGCCUGAAUUUGGUGGAGGAGCUUUACCCCGCGCUUGUCGUUCUCAAGCACAAGGCAAGAUUUCGCAAGGAGGACAAGGACGAAAAGGCUGAGGAGCAAGGCAAGGGAAAGAAGAAGCGCCAGACAAAGGCAGACUCCACGCUGAAGGCCUUGGAGGACAACCUGUGUCAGCGCGUGCACAAGAUGCUGGUCAGACUGAUGCGCACAAUUUGUCGGCCUGGUGCUAUUCAGAUACUUGCAGGCUGGCAGCCGGAUGAGGAAUGGGCCUCCAAGGCACGAGCCUUGUCUGUUCACGGCCUGACGCCCAAAGUUUGCGCGAGCGGACCCCAAGUCUUGGAGGUAGGAAGCUCGUUCUUCUACUUUCUUUGCGCGGCACACCGUGCAGCCAGCCAGGAGGAGGGAGCAGAGCAGAGCCCAAGCGAAGGCUGGACGCUGGCAGAAGAGCUACUGACACAGCUCUUGCAAGAGUGGGCUGGCAAGAAGGAGUGCGACCAGUGGUGCCAAGCUGCCUUGAAGGCCUUUGCGGCUAGAUUGCCCAUGGUGCUGCUGAGACUGCCGUGGAUCGAGACAGUCAAGGGAGCUCGCAAGGCGUUUGCGCAGCGCAACCAGCUGGCAUUCCUCGGAAACACCCUUCUCCGGCCGCUCCCUCCAGAGGUGAGCAAGGCUGAUGUCGCAAAGCAGCUGGAGUUUGCCGACAGUUGUGCUUUUCUUUGUGCUGAGCUCCUGGAAUCCACCAUAGAUUUGGUGGAGGAGGCUCAGGCUGCGAGCUCAACAUCGCAGAAGCACAAGCUCCGAAGGGAGGCCUUGCAAACGCUGAAGGCCAUCCACCGAUUACGGCGACAGAAGUCAAAUGGGUUUCCUGCUGCCGUGUCUGCAGCAGUGGCUAAAGCCAUAGCAGGCUUGCGCGACUCUCUUCCAAACCAGCAGCGACGUGGAGAGGUGUACCAACUUUGUGUCCACCUCCUGCGCUUGGUACACCCACAUGUCAGCCAGCCGCGCCCAGCACAAGAUGGCCACAAAGCCGAGCGGGAGAAGAAGCGGAAAGGUCGCAGCGGCAGCGUAAGCCGAUCCCCUUCCGCUCACCCACAGUCGCCACCGUCGAAGCCGGCACCUGGGCCGCCCUCCAAAGGCAAAAGGCGCAAGGCUCAGAAGAGCUAA